AUGUUUUUCUCUCGCAUUGCCAUUCUGGCAGCCUUGGCUGGCUAUGCCACCGCUCAAACCUCAACCGAGUGUGACCCGACCAAGGAGGACUGUCCUCCCGAUCCCGCUUUGGGCACCGAACACUCAUGGAACUUCAACACGACUUUGGACGAAAAGAUCUGGAAGAUGGCCACCGGAACCUACGAGUACGAAGACGAUGGAGCCAAGUUCACCCUGCAGAAGGAGGGAGAGUCCACUCUCCUACAGUCCAACUUCUAUAUUUUCUUCGGUGUCGUCGAAGCUCACGUCAAGAUGGCCAAGGGCCAAGGUCUAGUCAGCAGUGUGGUCUUGGAGUCCGACGAUCUGGAUGAGAUCGACUGGGAGUGGGUGGGAUACAACACUAGUGAAGUGCAGUCCAACUUCUUUGGCAAGGGUAACGAUACUACCUUCGAUCGCGGCGGCAAGCACUACGUGCCGAACGCAGACACCGAGUUCCACAACUACACCACAUACUGGGACCAGGAUAUACUCGAAUGGUGGAUUGACGGCGAGAAGGUUCGCAACCUCACAUACAACGAUGAGUCCGCCUUGUUUGGCAAGAACUACCCACAGACCCCGUGUCGUUCUCUGGCCCGCUGGCCGGAAAGAUGCCCACAGGGUACUAUCGACUGGGCUGGUGGUCUUGUCGACUGGGAUACCGCCCCUUUCACCAUGACCCUUGGCAAGCUGCGUGUUAAGGAUUUCCACUCGGGCAAGGAGUACAGCUACGGCGACCGUACAGGUUCCUGGCAGAGCAUCGAGAUAUUAGAGGGAAACUCGACCGCACUGAACGAACUGAACAAACCAGAGCCCAAGUCUCUGUCAGAGAAGUGGGAUGAUCUCGGCGAGGGAGCCCACAUCGGAGUGUACAUUGGCGCCGCCGUCGCCGGUGCGCUUGCUAUCGCAGGCUUCCUGUUCUUCUGCCUGCGCCAGCGCCGCAAGGGCCGUCUCGAGAACGCGCUCGGCAACAACCCGGUUCCUCUUAACCGUGCUGAGAUGGAGAACUUCCAGAAAGACUGGAGACAGAGCGAGUGGAAGCAUAACGGUGGUUACCAGCAGGUCAGCAACUAG